UUCCUUCCGGUGCUGAGCCUCCUUGGCUCCGAUGGAGAACGGAGGCGGAGGGAGGGAGAGAGAACGAGAGUGAAAAUCCCUCUCUUUGCCAGCGAGGGGAAGAGGGCAGCAAAGAGUUAAACCUUCCGCCGAAAUGCUCGAGCCUCUCCAAGGGCUGCCUCUCCAAUCUAUGCGCUACGCCCAAAUCACAACACAGGCUGCUGGAUCAAGCCUCGGAGGCAGCGCCGCCGGGACAGGGCAAGCUGCCCCCUUUCCGCUCUAGGGAGAGCGGGCAAGGAGAAGGAAAGGAGAGCCCAGGGCCGAGAUCGGGUCAGGCGUGGGGAGCGAGAGCAGCCUCUCUUCGCUAUGAUUUGUGGCAAAAGGAAAAAGUCCGGCGCGGAAAAGCAGCAGCAGCAGCAACAACUUUCAGCCCAGCCGCACGGAGUUGCCAAGCUCUCGGGCCACCGCGCCUUCAAGAAGCUGAGCUUGACAGAAGAUGAAGAUAUCAAGAUGAUGCUAAAGGGGUCCCUGUUCUGGAAAAUCAAGGGCCACCGGCAGCAGAAACAAAGGCUGUACCGGCUUCAGGAAGAUGGCAUGACCAUCUGGUUUGAGACCCGCUUUAAAAGGGCUCACUCCAGACAUGUCUUCUCCAUCCUGCACAUUGAAAGUGUGCGUGAAGGUUAUCAGUCUGAGGGGCUUCGGAAAUUCGGUGGCUCUUUCCCUGAAGAGCAGUGCUUCACCAUAGUCUUCAGGGGCAAGAGGAAAAACUUGGAUCUAGCUGCCCGGACGAUAGAUGAGGCUCAGUGCUGGGUGAGAGGGCUCAACAAACUGAUGGCCAGAGCCGAAGCUAUGAGCCAGCGAGAAAAACUCGAUCACUGGAUCCAUGACAUCCUACAACAGGCUGACAAAAACAAGGACAACAAGAUGAGCUUCAAAGAGAUCAAAAACAUGCUGCGCAUGAUAAACAUAGACAUGAAUGACAUCUAUGCAUACAGGCUUUUCAAGGAGUGUGACAAAUCAAACAAUGACCGCUUGGAGGAACAUGAAAUUGAGGAAUUCUGCACACGGCUGAUGGCACGGCCUGAGCUGGAGGACAUCUUCCACCGCUACUCAGGAGAGGACUGUGUGCUCUCAGCCGCUGAACUGCGGGAAUUCCUACGUAACCAGGGUGAAGAAGCGAGCUUGCAACGGGCUCAUGACAUUAUCCAGGCUUAUGAGCUGAAUGAGAAAGCCAGGCAGCACAACCUCAUGAUGCUGGACGGUUUCAUGAUGUAUCUGCUGUCUUCAGCUGGAAACAUCCUCAACCAGGCUCACACUGCGAUCUACCAGGACAUGAGCCAGCCGCUGUGCCAUUAUUACAUCUCCUCCUCCCAUAACACCUACCUGACCGACAACCAGAUUGGGGGAGCCAGCAGCACCGAGGCUUACAUCCGAGCCUUGAUAAAAGGGUGUCGAUGUGUGGAGCUUGACUGCUGGGAGGGGUCCAAUGGGGAACCCAUCGUCUACCAUGGCCAUACACUCACCUCCAAGAUCCUUUUCCGGGAUGUCAUUGAAAGCAUCCGGGACUAUGCCUUCAAGCACUCCUACUAUCCUUUGAUCCUCUCACUGGAAAACCAUUGUGGUCUGGAGCAGCAAUCCAUGAUGGCCCGCCACAUGAAGAUGAUUUUGGGGGACAUGCUGUUGACUGAGCCCCUGGAUGGAGACCUGCCCAGCCAGCUCCCAUCACCAGAGCAGUUGAAGUGGAAGAUCCUGGUGAAGGGGAAGAAGCUGCCAGAGGACAAGAGUGACCCCGAAAGAGUGAACUUCAUCUCCAAUCCUGAGGAGGAACUGGAGGAGGAAGAAGAAAGGUCGCCACGUUCUCUCCAAGAGAUCAAACCGUUACAGGCAAAAGAUGCUACACAGAUUUCACGGGAGCUCUCUGAUGUGGUCGUAUACUGUCAGUCUGUCCCAUUCCAAAAUUUGUCUCGUGCCCUGUACCACCAGCAGCCCACUGAGAUGUCAUCUUUCAGUGAGCGGAAAGCCAGGAAGUUGAUCAAGGAAUCAGGCAGCACUUUUGUCCGAUACAACACUCGGCACCUCAGCCGCAUCUACCCACUGGGUCUCAAGAUGAACUCAUCCAACUACAACCCUCAGGAGAUGUGGAAUGCUGGCUGCCAACUUGUGGCACUUAAUUUCCAAACGCCAGGGGCUGAGAUGGACCUAAAUGAUGGACGCUUCUCGGUGAAUGGCCGCUGUGGCUAUGUGCUGAAACCUGCUUUCCUGCGCAACAGCCAGGGCACCUUUGACCCUGAGGCAGCCCGGCGUGGGACUGGCCAGCGUCCAGUUGCCCUCACUAUCAAGGUGAUCACAGCUCAACAGCUGCCCAAGCUGAACAAAGAGAAGAGCUCUUCCAUUGUAGAUCCUUUUGUGCGUAUCGAGAUCUAUGGUGUUCCUGUGGACUGUUGCAAGAAGCAGACGGAGUACCGGUUAAACAAUGGAUUCAACCCAUGCUGGGAUGAAACGUUGACGUUCCAGGUGCGGGUUCCAGAGCUGGCACUAGUCCGCUUUGUAGUGGAGGAUUAUGACACGACUUCGCCCAAUGACUUCGUGGGGCAGUUCACCCUGCCAUUGCCCAGCCUGAAGGAAGGCUAUCGACACAUCCACCUGCUCUCCAAGGACGGCACUUCCUUGUCCCCUGCCACGCUUUUUGUGCACGUGAAAUGCAAGAAGAUGUGAAUGUGGGGCAGGGAGAAUCCAAGUUCAAACAGUCCAAGGCAGAAGGAUGUCUGAGUAGCCUCGCUAAUUCUGAAUACCACUCAUUAUUGGACCAGGCAUGUGCAUCUGAGCCACACAGCAAAGCUGCUGACACACUGCAAGGUCAGGGCUAAAACAGUGGCAUGAAGUCAGCCUCCACUUGAAGUUCCAAUUUCAUUCUGGUCAGAGAAUUGAAAAUCUUUGUCCUGUUGAGGAUAAAAAGCCAAGAAACUGUGUGGCUCCUAGAAUGCCUCUUGUGAAUACGGUUUUAGAUCUGGACGAAGGUUCCAAUCAUCCCAUUCCCCAGUAUGAUCUGGGAAGAAAGCAUGUGGUGGGGAGAUUCUUCCUUGUUUAAGUUUCCACCAGUCACACAGAUCUUAUGAAAAGCAGCUAAUGAAAGGCUUUAUUAAGCUAUCUUGUGCACACCUUGGGUACAUCUGCAAAGUGGAAACGGGUUGAGAAUGAAAGCGAGAAGCAAAUGAAGACUGAGGGCCUAUGAGCAAGUCCAGUGGGUAAAUACAGUGCAAGCAUUCUGGGAGGAGCCCAAGACACAGAGCAUGUGGUCCACAAAUUAAACAAUUGAGGAAUCUAAGCAGCUAGAUUAAUAUGACAGAAUUGACUUGGGUUCUGGCUGAAAUCACCAUCACCCUUGCAGAAUGGGGAUGCUGCGGUUGGUUGUGUCCUGUGCAGGAAACUCUGUCUUGGCUUUCUUAGGAAACAGACCAUCAGUCCUCCUCAGUUUGUAUACAACCACAGAUUGCUGCCCUGGCCAUCGGUAUUGGCUAGAAUGCUUAAGCUAGCACACACAGUAGAUGUAAAUCACAAGCCAAUGAGAGCCAUAUAGGUAAUGUGAAAAGCUGCCCCUCCCUGGCUCCAAAACCAGCUUCUCCAACUUAGCUCUGACAGAGCUAAGAUUUUUUUUUUUUAAUGUAGUGUGGUCUGUAAUUGACCCCCCAAAUCAUGCCAAAAACCUGUCUUGACUGGAUGCAUCCAGGGCUUAUUUUAGGGGAGUCACAUUGGCUGAAUUCAGAUGUAAUAGGAAACCUGAGGUCCCUUCACCUCCAGUUUCCAAAGCUGUAUGUCUGAAUGCGAAGAACCACCGUUUUGACAAAAAUGAACCCACAGUUUCCCUCCCCCAAAUGUGAAAUGAACCCUCGGUUUUCACUCGGUUUCCCUGCCAACUGCAGUUACACAGUGCCAGCGUUACAUCCGAACGCGGCCACCACAGUUUCACCCCUCUGAAACCGGAGUUGAGGGAGGAAUCUCCUCCCUUGCUCCAGCUCCUAUUGGCUGUGCAGGCUUUCCUUCAUGAAAGAAGGAAGCCUGCACAGCCAGAUCCCCCUCCUCCCUGCAGUCAGUGAGACAACAGAGAAGUAGCUCUCCGUUUCAUAUGAAUGCGAGGCAGGGGCGGAACCGCAUUAUGUCCGAAGGCGGCCAAUGAGUUUCUGCAUCUCUUGUAUCUGGGAACUCCUUUUGGUAAUGGACCACCAAACAGUAUAAAUGUAAUUGUAAAGAAAACAUAAUUUAAGUCAGGGUAGGAAGACAAUAACCAAGCACUGACCUCUCAGAGUGGUGCUGUAUGUAUAUACAUAUUUGUUCUUUCUGGGAAAACACAAGUGAUUUUUAGAAUGAUUUAUGUAUACAACAUAUAUUGAUAGAUGAGGGCAAUAUUAAAGUACUCACAUACAAACGCCUGCACCUACAUGGUUGGUGACAAUAUGUUAUCAGAAGGUAGGCUUCAAAAGUCAAAGGGGAACCAGGACAUAUAUUUAAACCAAAUACUAAGCUUCUGACCAUAUGGAUGAUCCAAAGCUACCUUCCUUUAGCUUUUACCCUUGGUUCAUUUCAAAAGGCUUGUAACCAGUGUUCCCUCCAAGAUGUGUGCGCACAGACAAGUUGUUUUCAAUGUUCACUCAGUUAAUUUAAGACUGAAUCAGGGAGGCCCCAUUCUGAAUGCGCGCGUGUGCACACACACAUACACACACAGCAAAACUCAUUCUCUGCACAGAUGAAAAAAAAUUAGAGGCAACACUGCUUGUAACCCUUUAAUACACAGAGAGGCGGUUCCCACAAUCAGUGGGAACCGCCUGGGGAGGGUUAGCGGGGAGAGCGGGCUUAGCCCCGCACAUGAGCAGGCAGUCUGCUCCAGGCAGCCAAAGUGGCCGCCCACAUGACUGCCAGCUCUGUUAACAGAGCCGGCAGGGGCUGGGAGUAUCGCGGGCCGCGCGGCCCCCGGAAGCUCCAGCAUGCCCUGCGCAAGUGUGCAGAGCAUGCUGGAGAGACCCCUGAGCUGGGCGGCUGCUUUUCAGCCUCCCGGUCCGGGUUCUACUUGUGCGUUGCCGCAACUCACGAUCGGAAAGCCCGGGUUAGUGGAGCGCUCGCUCCACUAACCUGGGCUUAGGGGAGGGUUGUUUAAGUGGGUGACCCGCUUUCGUGAGACUGCCCGGUGGUUCUCACGCGCAUGCAAAUCCCUUAGCCCAAUUUUGCAGGACCUUGAGAAUCGCCUCCUAGUCUUUCGGUGGGUGGGUAUGGGUGUUUAGAUAUGCACUUUAAAAGCAGUGGAAGCUAGUGGCUGUUUUGCCAGGCCUGGCCUGUAGCUAGUUGGCCAGCUCCUCAGCAUUGCCCUGCUCGUGACUUGAUAGGCCCUGCUAACUGGACAAAGAGACACCUUUUAAGUGUCCUUCAAGGGUUAGCAGCAUGAGAACAAGCGUGCCUGUCUUUUCCCAGGGGCUGUUUGCUGAGAUCUCCCUCAUGGCUUUCUUUCUCUAAGAGUCUGAGCCCCUUUGGAACAUGGACCUGUUAUUUCAUUUCUUUUAUUUCCGUCACUGCAUUGCUAUGUAGUGCUCUGAGAACUUUCUUUUGUUGAAAAGCAGUGUAUAGAUAUUCUUGAUGAUGAUGAUUGUGCCUUUCGGCUUUAGCCACUUAUGAUGGCUGGGUUUGAGAGGCACAGGGAGGGAGAAGCAACAGAAACACACAGGCUCUGUUCUAGCGUAGGCUGCAGGCCCUGGCUUAAUAUUCUGUUUGCAUGAAAUGUAAUCAGGAGCAUGGAGGAGACCCAGGGUUGUUUUUCUUUCUUUUGAAAAACAGCUCCACAUAUGUUGUGUUAACAGAAGAUACACUAUUGCUGUUUUCAGGAGAGGGGAAAACUAACCCGUUGUAUCUCCCACGUGGCAUUUUUUGAGAUGAGUUGCUAGAGAUUUAGGUAUAGCACUUUAAAAAAUGUUUCCCGGCUAGAGAUGAAACCUCUCUUUUGGGGAAGUAUUCAAGGAAGUGAUCAAAGGAACAUGUGGCAGAGGUUUUAGGUGCUUUGACCCAUGGGAAACUAUGGGAUAUUAUCCUUAAAAUGCUGUAGUCUCUGAACAUGUCCAGCACUAAACAAGUUCCAGCUCUACUUUAUAUUAAUGUUUGUUAGAUCAUAACCAACCUGUGAACUAAGCUGAGUUUACAAACACCAGCCCUCACAUAUUUCACAGUAACUACAAGAGGUAAUAGUAUCGUUACCUUCCUACUUUCCUCAUUGAUACUGAAGGGAAACAGACCCCCAAUUAUCAGAACUACCUUCUAGAAAUUUGGGUUUGUAAGCUUCUAUAGGAAAGUGAUUGUUAUUUAUAAUGCAUCAAAUAGCUCUAUUAAAUGUUUUAUUUUAACAAACGUUAUGUGUCAAAGUAUUUUAUCAAAGUCCUAUGGAAAAGUGAUAACUGGAGUGCAUGUCCGUG